GUAUACUACACCGUCUACACGUUCAAGUAGUGCAUAGGUUUUGAGCUGUUAAUAGAAAUGUGUGUCAGGGAGAGUGUACGGAUUAUUAGUCCACUUCUAGUAAAUUAAUGAUUAUUAGUUUGAGCACCAUUCUUUUCCAGGUAGAUGAAUGAUGAUGAUGAUGAUGAUGAUGAUGGUCAAAAAGUAUUCAACUGUCAUUUUAUUGAAAGGGAUCACAUUUCAAUCUAGUUCUAAAUAUUAAAUGUUGAAUAUAAAGCACAGGCCCCACAUUUUAUUCAUGUGCAAGUAGUUGGGUUGAAAGUAUGAUAGUAAAUAAACAAUGAGAUAAUUGACAAAGUAAUCAAUAUGUUAAAAAGAGAAUAGAUAAAUAUGAUUGCCUGGAUUAAAUUGAUAUUGCUGUUCUAUUUAUGUAUUUGUAUUAUUAUUAUUGUUGGUAGUUAUUUGUACUAAAUGAUUAAGCAUAAUAUAACAGACAUAAUAGAAAGCGUUCCUGUACUAGUUGCAAUAAUAAUAAGAUACAAGUCUUACAAAUAUUUUGUAAGCAAGACUUUUAUUUUGUUAGUCCUAAACAUUAAUUCACCCUUAUUUCUAUUUAAGUGCGUUUUUAGUUAUUUAUAAAACAGCCCGCGGUCACGUGAUCAGAGGGCUUUGCACCUACGUCAGAGAAGCCGAGCUGGUGCCGACUACUGAUCCUCACCGUCCUGCUGCAUUUAAACUCCACCACUUACCUUCUGAAAGACAUCUUCCUCCAACGGCAGUGACUGUUUGACUUCCCUCUCGCUGGUGACUCAAAGGCGCAUUGCACUAAAGUACAACUGCAUUGGAGACGCUCAGGGAACCGCAUAGCUCCUAAUAAUGUUACCCAGCUCGCAUUAACAAGAGUAUAUGGCUAACGUAAACGCAACCAACAUGUCUCCCCGCUAAGAAAACAACUGGUGCUAUUCUGUUGCGUUCAAGUUUCCAGGUGUGGUGGUGAGCCCAUGGAGAAGCCGUCAUCUUCAGGCAGAGCAGCUCUGGAGGAGAGACAUGGCCUGGUGGAGGAUGAUGGGAUACUGAGAGGGGCCGAGGGUGGAGAGGUGGAUGCUCGGACCCCGAGGAAGAGCAGCUCCUCCCGCAAGAGCUUCCGCUUGGACUACCGGCUGGAGGAGGAAGUAACAAAGUCCUGCCGGGACAAACAUGGCCGCUGGACCAACCCCUGGCCCACAUGGCGGUUCCCCUCCUACACCACCAUGCUCAGAUUCCUGUUAUUGGAUAAAAAUCAUAGCAAUAUACCAACUACUAAAGAGGCUCUGGACAGUGAGCUCCCAGUGAUGGAACCGUACUUUGUCCAGAGCCCAGACCUCUCUGACUCUGGUCCGGGUCUGAGAGUCACCUGGCUGGGUCACGCCACAGUUAUGGUUGAAAUGGACGGGCUGAAUAUUCUGACAGACCCAAUAUUUAGUCAGAGGGCCUCACCGUUCCAGUUCAUGGGUCCCAAAAGGUACAGAGGACCCCCCUGCACUGUGGAACAGCUGCCCAGGAUCGAUGCUGUUGUCAUCAGUCAUUCUCAUUAUGACCAUCUGGAUGCUGGCUCCGUGGCCAGUCUUAAUGCACGCUUUGGAGGGGAGCUACGCUGGUUCGUGCCCCUGGGUCUGAUGGACUGGCUGGUAAAGAUGGGCUGUGAGAAUGUGAUGGAGCUGGAUUGGUGGGAGGAGAAUUGUGUCCCGGGUCAUGAUGAUGUUACCUUCGUCUGCACACCCUCUCAACACUGGAGCAAACGCACAGCGCUGGACGAUAACAAGUCUCUAUGGGGCAGCUGGUCUAUUUUGGGCCCGGAUCAUCGAUUCUUCUUUGCUGGCGAUACCGGCUACUGCACUUCCUUCCAGGAGAUUGGCCGGCGCUUCGGACCAUUUGACCUCGCAGCAAUCCCCAUUGGCGCUUACCUGCCCAGGGAUAUGAUGCAGGGGCAGCAUGUAGAUCCAGAAGAGGCUGUUCGGAUCCACCAAGACCUUCAGGCCAAACACUCCGUGGCCAUUCACUGGGGAACCUUUGCUCUUGCCUAUGAGUACUACCUGGAGCCACCGGUUCGUCUCAGAGAGGCCAUGGAACAGAAAGGACUGAAGCAAGAAUCCUUUUUCACUCUACAUCACGGGGAGUCCCGCCUUUUAGCGCCACAGGAAGGAGACGUCUUUGACUGAUCCUCUCUGUAACAAAGUGCAGAAAAUGUUUAUCAUAUUUGAUGGUCUACAGAAGUUUUAAAACGUUCUACAAUGCUGUAUCUCCACCAGAGAAGAAAAAUAUUGUUUGUAAUUCUUUCCUUGUGAGAAACAUUUUAAUAUGAAAUUCAAGUCACAAAUAUUUGUAUCUGUGUAACAAAGCACAAAAAUCAGACUUCUUUUUUGUUAUCCUAAGAAGUAUAAUUGCCAAUUUCACAUAACUCAUAUUUGGAGACGCUUCAGGAAGCUUUCAGCCCUGAGGAGACCAGAGCAGUGACGUAUGUUCAACCACUGAAACAAAAUGUCUCAUGCUAAUGUUAUCGGUUGGUGUAAACUAUCUGGUCAAGAAUAAAUGAAACUCACAUGGAGUAACUGGUGCAGGGAACAAUGUGGAAUUGAACCACAAACCUUGAGUAUGAAACUGGACGGGAGAAAGAUGCAGCUUCACGGUCACACACAGCUGGACUAUGACGUUCCUGUGAGCUGUAAUAGAACAGAAAACAAUCAUCAGGUUAUUUAGAUUGGUGCUAGCUGAUGCCACAAUACAAAAAGGUAUUGUUUUUCUGAAUGUACACUGGCCAACAUGAGAUGCAGAAGUGUAAGAAGAAAUCGAUUUGCCUGUGAAAUGAAUUCCCAACCACUGUAUUUUAAUAGAAAGCUUUGUUAAAGAACUGUCAGACGCAGACUGAAGUUGAGCUGGGUUCACCUUCGUGUCUUAAAUAGUGCUUUAGUGUGAUCAUUUUCACUUCUUAGAACGCAAGUAAACGGAUGUAUUUGCUUCACAGCAAAAGUAGAAUCAUUUUAGUACUCGCUGUUAAAGUGAUUUAUUUUUUUAUGUUAACGCUGAAUGAACGUGGCUUAGACUUGUUCCAUUUCACUGAUUCUCCCAUUAAAUAUAACUUGCAUUUAAAAUGUUUCUUUCUUGUCAACAGUUAUAAACAUGUCAAAAAAGCCAGAGUACAACACGUCAACAGAACUAUCUAGAAUAAGGGAAAAAGCCGUACUAUAGUAUGUCAAAAAAGUCCUGAAAGUCAUAGUAUUGUAUUUCGAAAAAGUCAUAAAACGUCAUAGUAUAGCAUGUCGAAAAAGUCAUAGUAUGUCGAAUAAAGUAAGUACUGUAGCCUACGUCAAAGAAAAGUCAUAAGAACAUCAUAGUAUAGCAUGUCGAAAAAAGUAAUAGAAUAUCUCGAA